AUGCUGCCCAUCGCUCGCAGCCGGAUCACGGCUCUCUCCUCGAAAUGCCCUCGAUUCCUCGCCCGGGCCAGCUAUUCGACCACCGUCCCUCGCUUCGGCGAGAACUCCAUGCAGGCCAAUGACCCCAACCCACCGACUCCCAAGCCCAACGUCUCCGCUACCAAUGCUACCCCCGUUGACGCCAUGGGAUCAUGGGAUUACUCGCUGCAGGAGGAGCCCGAGGUGGGCGAGCGCAACCGGCAGCUGCAGGCUCCUAACCGGGCCAACACAUGGGCUGCGAGCCAACAGCCGAGAGAGAAGGCUAUGACUGGUCCGCGGUUUGAGCAGACGAUUAUGGAGUUGCAGCCCCAACCCAUGGCCGCUAUCGAACUCAUUCACAAGCAACCCGUCCGCUGGACCAACAGCAGAAUCGUCAGCUGUGACGGCGGUGGCGGUCCUCUCGGCCAUCCCAAGAUCUUCAUCAACACCGACAAGCCCGAGAUCACCCCCUGCGGCUACUGCGGUCUUCCUUUCGCCCACGAGCACCACCGUGCCUAUCUCGAGUCGUUGCCCGCAACUAGCUACCCUCUCGAGCCUACCGGUGACGCCGCGGAAGUGAACGAGGAGCAGCGUGUGACUCCGGAGGGACUGGGGCAGCGGUAA